UAGUGUAGAGUAUAUACUCCGAGUUUUCUCCUUUUUUCAUCUAAAACUCUUCAAUUUUAUUCCAUACCCAACAAAACUAUAAUAGAAACAAAAAACACAUAAACAAACGUAACAACAUUUGAUUUUUCGGCGCCACUCUUAUUUAUCAAAUAAUCAAUCCUCAAAUUGAAGUUUAAUCGAUUUUCUCUAUCUUUUACCCCAAUUUUCUCUCUCCUAGGGUUUUCAAUUCUCGUUCUCUAAUCCUCCAAUUUCCGCGCUUUUUGAAUCGGAGUGGUGCUGAUAGUGAAGCUUGAUAUUGGUUCAUUCUUCCUUUCCCCCCUUUUUUAUUUGUGAGUUCUUCGAUCCGAUUUCAAUUUGAGUUUUAUUGAUCUGAAUUAUUCUGUUUCAAUUGUAUUGUUUCUAGGGUUUUUUUGUUGGUAAUUUGGAUCUGGAGUUUUGUGAUCUUUGAAUUUAUUGCAGAAUUUGGGGGUUCAGUAGAACUAGAACCCACUGAACCCCCUUUGGAAACGCUACUUAUUGGGGGGAUUGAUUGUAUUUGAUGCUUGUGUUGUGGGUUGAGACUGUCGGAUAUCGGGUUGAUGGCCAAUCCGGGUGUAGGCAACAGAUUUACACCAAUGGAUCUGAAUAAAUCAUAUGGGCAGUCAUUGCACUCUAAUCAAUCAAAUAAUAACAGUAAUCAUGGAUUGGGCCGGGGAAACCGGCUUAGUGCCGGUAGGGGUGGUGGUAUGGUGGUCCUUUCUCGGCCUAGGAGUGCGCACAAAGUCGGGUCGAAGCUUUCUGUUCCACCCCCCUUGAAUUUACCUUCUUUGAGGAAGGAAUAUGAGAGGUUUGAUUCGUCUGGUUCUGGUGGUGGAGCUGCUGGUGGAGGUGCUGCUGGUAGUGGAGCUAGACCUUCCUCAUCGGGUAUGGGCUGGUCCAAGCCUAGUGCAAUUGUUGUAGGGGGAGAGAGAGAGGAGGCGGCUGCUGCUGCUGCUGGUGGUGGUGAUCACCUGUUGUCUAGUGAGGGUGUUCCAAGUGUUGAUGGGGUUAAUAGAGGAGGGGGUAAUACUGCUUAUAUGCCGCCAUCUGCUAGAGCUAGAACUGAUGUUUCUGUGAAUGUGAUGAGUGCUGCCCAAAAAGCUACUGUUUUGAGAGGUGAGGAUUUUCCUUCGUUGCGAGCUACUUUGAAUGCUGUAAACGGGCCUACUCACAAGCAAAAGGAUUCAGCUCAUCAGAAGCAUAGGCAGGGGAUGAGUGAAGAACCUGCUGCUGGACAUAGGGAUGAUUUGAACUUGAGCUCCCGUGUUGAUAUGCGUCCCCAAGUGCAGUCUUCCCAGCAUUCUAUUGGUAGUGGUCAUAGGGUUAAUGGCAGAGAGGAUCGCAGUUCAGCCAAUUUCCGCCCUCGAGAGCAGGGGCGGAAGCAGGAUGAUUAUUUUCCCGGACCGCUACCAUUGGUCCGGCUGAGCCCGAGGUCUGAUUGGGCAGAUGAUGAGCGUGAUACUAGUCAUGGGUUGACUGAGAGGAGCAGAGAUUUUGGUUUGCCAAGAAGUGCAGCUCAUUGGGAUAGGGAUUUUGAUUUGCCGCGUAGUAAUAUGCCACCAAUUAAACCAGCUCAAAAUUUCUUUGAUAGGAGGGGUCAGCGUGACAAUGAUGUUGGCAAGAGUUCGGUCAACGAAGUCUCUAAUGCAGACCCUUAUGUUCAGGACCCUUUUUUCGGUUUUGAUGGACAAGAUCCUUUUCCUAGUGGCAUUCUUGGGGUGGUAAAGAGGAAGAAGGAUGCAAAUAAACGGCUUGAUUUCCAUGACCCUGUCAAGGAAUCUUUUGAGGCUGAACUUGAGAGGGUUCAGAAGAUUCAGGAGCUAGAACGACAGCGUAUCAUUGAUGAGCAAGAGAGAGCUAUGGAAAUGGUUCGCAGAGAAGAAGAGGAGAGAAAGAGAGUGGCUAGGGAACAGGAGGAACACCAUAGAAGAUUGGAAGAAGAAGCACGAGAAGCUACUUGGAGGGCGGAGCAAGAAAGGUUAGAAGCCAUUCGAAGAGUAGAGGAGCUCAGGAUAUUUAAAGAAGAUGAGAAGCAAAGAAUGAUGAUGGAGGAGGAGAGAAGAAAGCAAGCUGCGAAGCAAAAACUUCUAGAAUUGGAAGAAAGAAUCGCAAGGAGACAAGCUGAAACAGGAAAGGGUAGUACCUCUGCUGCUAUUCGAGGUGACAUUAUGCUGCCUGGUGUUGCCAAAGAAAGAAAUGUCACCCGGGCCGAUGAUUUUGCUUGCUGGGAAGAUGGAGAAAGGAUGGUGGAGAGGAUUACCAAUUCUGCAUCUUCUGAUUCCAGUCUUACUAGAUCUUUUGACAUGGGUUCCAGGGCUAUACCACCUAGAGAAGGUUCUUUGCCCUUUACAGAUAGAGGAAAACCUUUUAAUUCCUGGAGACGGGAUAUGUUUGAGAAUGGAAACAUCUCAUCUUUCUUUUCUGCAGAUCACGAGAAUGGUCAUCAGAGUCCUAGACGGGAUGUAUCUGUGGGAGGAAAAUCAUUUCCACAGAAAGAUUUGUAUGGUGGACACGGCUACAUGCCUACCAGGGGUUACUACAGAGGGGGUAUUCCAGAACCUCACAUGGAUGAUUUUCCUCAUGCAAGGGGACAGAGGUGGAACAAUUAUGGGGAUGGAGAUCUGUAUAGUAGAAGCAUGGAGUUAGAAGCAGACUUUACUGAUAAUGUUGCUGAUAGAUUUGAUUUGGGGUGGGGUCAGGGAAGGGGUCGUGGAAGUUCUCCUUUCCCAGAACGUUUUUAUCCGAAUCCUGAUCUUGAUGAGCUUUAUACUUAUGGGAGGUCAAGGUAUCCUGCCAGACAACCUCGGGUCUUACCCCCUCCAUCACUACCUUCAACACAUAGGACAUUUUCUAGAGGGGAAAGUGAACGUACUGAUGCCUCACCAUUAUAUGAAGAUGAAAAUAUUCAAUUGAAUCAGACAUUACAACGUAAAUCUGCUGGACCAAGCUAUCAAAAUGUUCAUACCGAACCUUUACAAACAGUGGAUGCUCCAGAGCAGAGUUUGAAAAAUGGGGAGCAGGAACCAAACCGAAGCACUACACCUGGGUGUGACUCACAGUCUUCACUUUCUGUUUCAAGCCCCCCUAGCUCUCCUACUCAUUUGUCUCACGAUGAUUUGGAGGAAUCUAAGGAAUCUUUGGCAGUUCCCUUUAGGGCAGAAGGCGAAGAUAUUUCCUUCUCAGAGAAUGAGGCUGUACACUUAAAUGCUAAAGUGAUCAAGGGCAAUACAAUGACCACUACAAGUUCAGUAUCAGAAGGUGAUGAUGAAGAAUGGGUUAUAGAUAACAAUGAGGAGUUACUAGAGCAAGAAGAGUAUGAUGAAGAUGUAGGUUACCAUGAAGAAGAUGUACAUGAAGGAGAUGAUGAGAAUGCUGAACUGAACCAUGAGUUUGAAGACAUGAAUCUGGGGGGGAAAGACUCUCCUCAUACAGACAACUUAGUUCUUGGCUUUGAUCAAGGUGUGGAAGUUGGAAUACCAAAUGAGGAUUAUGAAAAUAGCCCGAGGAUUGAUGAAAGUUUAUAUGCUGGACCUCAGGCAUCCGUCAACAUGGUAGACCAGAAGGAAUCUUUUGAUGGCAGGAGAGACGGACAUAGCUCACAAGCUGUUGAUGUCUCGCAACUUGUGAGCACUGAUGGUUCUUGUGUGAUGGUUCAAGAGACUGACAAAGCUGUUGAGCCAGCUGGUGCUUCUGCAUCAGCGGAUUUGCUGAAUGCUGGGGUCUCUACAUCUGCGGCCGUUUUAAGUGCUCACCAGUCGGUAUCAUCUCCUGUUGGGACAAACGCGCAGUCAUCUAAUCAGACCAUGCCUAGUGUAGCUGGUACCCAGGGCCUUUCUGACUUGUCUGUUAAGCUUCAGUUUGGGUUGUUUUCUGGUCCUUCUCUAAUUCCUUCGCCUGUGCCUGCUAUACAAAUUGGUUCCAUUCAGAUGCCUCUUCAACUUCAUCCACAAAUUGGUUCGUCCUUAACGCACAUGCAUGCUCCACAGCCACCCCUCUUUCAAUUUGGUCAGCUCAGGUAUCCCUCUCCCAUUUCUCAGGGGAUUUUACCUUUGGGCCCAUUUGGCCAGCCUGUUCAAGAUCCUUCUCACAGUUCUGUGAAAAGCCAUCAUGUUCAGCUUCCACAUCAGUUGAAUGCACACCAGGAUACCGAGUCAAAAGAGGCAAAUUUGCUAGCUACAUCAGGUUCAGCUUCAAACAUAGACCAUAAAAAGGCGGAAUUAGGUCAGCAAGCUCCCCGCUUAGGGAAUCCUCGCAAUGUUAUUAGAAAUUUGAAGCCUUCAUUGGCUAAUAGAGCAUCAGAAAGUCGAGGUGGUCCAUCAUAUCAUUCUACUGCUAAUGUAAGAGAUUCUAGUGGACCUUCAGCACCAGGUCAAUUCUCAGGGAGCAGAGGGAGGAGUUUUUCCUUCACAGCUAGAAAUCAUGGCGCUAGAUCGUCCUCUUCGGCAAACGGGGCAUCUCAUCCAGAUACUGUUGCAUUCCAGAGGAAGCCACGCCGUGGUCCACAGAGAUAUGAGUUUCGGGUACGCCAGACUGCUGAUGGAAAUCAAUCUUCUGUCCUGCCUUCUUCUAGUUUAUCUGGGCUGGAUGCCAAGUUGAAUUACGAUGGAAAGGGUUCAAGGACAAUGCCAAAAAGUGGGUUGAAGAAAGAACUAACUUCUGAUAUACAGAAACAAACCACUGGUUCAGAAAGUUCAAGCUCAACUCCGAUUACAAUUCUGGAGGCUGGUUCUAGGAUUGAAGAAGACACGAAAUCCCUAAAUGAAGCAGCAGCGACCAGUGUGCUAGACACCUCACAACGUGCAGAAGGAAGCUUGAAAAGAAACAUUAGUUCUGAAGACGAUGUUGACGCUCCCUUGCAAAGUGGUAUUGUGCGUGUCUUCAAGCAACCUGGUAUUGAAGCCCCUAGUGAUGAAGAUGAUUUUAUUGAAGUAAGGUCAAAGAGGCAAAUGCUGAAUGAUCGUCGUGAGCAGAGAGAAAAGGAAAAUAAGGCGAAAUCAAGCAACAUGAGAAAGGCUCAGCGAAAAUCUCGCCCAGCGGUUCAAGGUACUUCCACUGCCAGAAGCACAAGCAGAACUACUUCAUUGACUGCUCAAGCACCAAAAAAUGUUCGAUCAGCUGUCCCAUUGAAAAGAGGCUUGCUGAACAAUGAAGUGUCAUCAACACUAAAUAAUGCUGUGUCCCAACCAUUAGCUCCAAUUGGUACUCCUACUGAUUGUCAGACUGAUGGGAAACCCCAGCCCAUGAAGUCACCACAAACUAAUUCCUAUACAAGCAGUGGGCGUAUUGUUGGACCUGAUGCCCCUGACCCAAAUCUUAAUACUCAGAGGAAGGUUGCUGACGGAAUUCAGUCCUCUUUAGGUUCCUGGGGUAGUCCAAGCAUUAAUCAACCGGUUAUGGCCUUGACACAAACCCAACUCGAGGAGGCUAUGAAGCCUGCUCGUUUUGAUACGCAUAUCAUAUCUAUUGGAGAUUGUGGUAGCUCAGUAGACGACUCAGGCAUGCCAUCAUCAUCUGUCCUUGCAAAAGAUAGCAUAUUUUCUUCUACAACUAGUCCGAUUAAUUCUCUCCUUGCUGGGGAGAAGAUACAGUUUGGUGCAGUCACAUCUCCGACAAUUCUCCCUCCUAGCACCCGUGUUUCACAUAGCAUUAGGCCUCUGGCUUCUCUCCCGUUGGAUGUUCAAAUAUCUCAGAGUAUGCCUGCAUCACAGAGUAGUGCUGCUAUUUUUGAAAAAGAGAAGCAUCUUAAAGACUCUUGCCCCCCUUUAGAGGAUUGUGAAGCAGAAGCAGCAGCUUCAGCUGUUGCUGUUGCAGCUAUUGGCAAUGAUGAGGUUGGGAAUGGGAUGGGUAAUAGUUCAACUUCCAUCUCAGCUUCCAAAGGCUUCGGAGGUGCUGAUAUAAGCAGGAUCACGACGGAUCUAUCUGUAGAGACACCACCAAUUUCAAUAUGGCCAGCUUUACCUAGUCCUCACAGUUCUUCAAGUCAGAUGCUUUCACCAUUUCCUGGAGGCACAACUUCUCAUUUCCCAUUCUAUGAUAUGAAUCCUAUGAUGGGGGGUCAUGUCUUUGCCUUUGGUCAUGAGGAAUCUGGGGGCCCUCAGCCACAGCCCCAGAAGAGCACUGUAUCUAGUUCAGGCCCAGUGGGAACUUGGCAACAAUGCCAUACUGGUGUAGAUUCGUUCUAUGGUCCUCCUGCUGGAUUCACAACACCUUUCAUCAGUCCUCCUGGAAGUAUGCCUGGGGUACAAGGCCCUCCACACAUGGUGGUUUAUAAUCAUUUUGCCCCUGUAGGGCAAUAUGGUCAAGUUGGCUUGAGUUACAUGGGAACCACAUACAUCCCUUCUGGAAAACAGCCUGAUUGGAAGCAUAAUCCCGGAUCUACCUUGGGUACCAGUGAGGGAGAAAUGAACAAUGCGAGUAUGGUCCCUGUGCAGCGCAACGCUCCCAAUGUACCAGCUCAGCUUCAACAUUUAGCUACUGGGUCUCCCCUGCUGUCCAUGCCAUCGCCGUUAGCCAUGUUCGAAGUGUCGCCUUUCCAGUCCUCACCUGAUGUCUCUACGCAUUCUCGCUGGUCCCAUGUCCAACCAUCAUCUAUUCACACAAUUCCACAAUCUAUGCCAUUGCAGCAGCAAGCUGAGGGUCCAAUACCAUGUCAAUCAGAUCACCAUUCAUUAAAUGCAAAUGGCUUCUCCAAUCCCCAAACUUCACCAUCACUUGAAGAUGGUCAAUCUUUUGCUGUGGGUUCAAAUGCUGCUGCAGCCCAAUUUUCUGACGAACUUGGUUUAGUAAAUCCAUCAAUUGCCACUGGGUCUGAAGCUGUGGCUCUUAAUGUGGGGAGUAAGAGCCACUCUGGGGAUUCUGUAAAGAUUGAUGCUGCUGUUGCUGGUGAAGGUUCUGGAAGAAUAAGGAACCCAUAUGCUGCUGUUUCUGCUCCCAACAAGGUCCAAUCAGCUAAACAAAAGAAUCUAUCAGGGCAACACCAGUACAAUCAUUAUCAGAGAGCGGGAAUUCAGAAGAAUGGUCCAUCUGGGCCAGAAUGGCCCAGCCGUAAAACAGGGUUUCACGGAAGGAACCAUUCUUCAUCAGGAGAGAGAGGCUUCCUUCCUGCCAAGGUCAAGCAGAUAUACGUUGCUAAGCAAAGUAGUACAGGUGGAACUGGACCUGCUAUAUAAGCUGUGCAGUUAAUCCAGGAUUUGGAUAAGAAACGACAGUGUGAUUACUCAAAAAGGUUUGAUAGGGCUAAUUAUGGUAAUAUUCUUUUUCUUCAAGCAAAAAUAUACUGGAGAAAGUUGAAGAUAUUGUACUUUUAGGUGUUUAGAAGUUGUAGCAUGUAGUUUUUUGGUCCAUUUAGCCCUUGAAUGAGGUGUAAUUUGAAUCAUUAAUUGAAUUUUGGCAUAGUACUUUUUGCUAUAUGAUUUAACUUAGAUC